AUGGCGGGCAGUGAAUGCAGCGACUCUUCCACUGGCAGUCAGUUUGGACAGGAUGUGGCACAUCGUAUGAAUGCGACCCGCAUGCCGUUUUACACGGGCAUUUUGGUGGAGCUGUGCUUUUGCAUGUUGAUGACGCAGUGGAUGAAUGAGAGCGAUCAUCCAGUCUCGCCUCUAUUUACGCUGGCAGAGGGCACCAUCAUACAGGGGAUUUGGCUGGUGUUCUCGCUGUCGCUCCUGGGGCGUUCCAUCUGCUUGUGGUACUCGCAUCAUGCGAUUCUUCACCGGCGCAGCGGUCGGCUGGUGAUGAUUCUCUACAUGUUCUUUGGGACUAUGCAGUGGCUUUUCUAUUUAGCCGGUCUCUUGACAGGGGACGGCAGUUACUAUGUGGCGUACGACGGAGCCAGCGGCGUGCGACGGAGCCAUAGGGUGAACGUCGAGCUGGAGAGACGAGGGGAAUGCAUCUCGACUCUGCGCAUCGCUGGACAGCCCUGCUGCAUCUCAGAGACCAUUCAGAUCCAGACGCCGCUGAUGACGGUCUUGGGACUUCGAUGCAACGUCAGCAUUGUGUUUAUGCUUACCAAGUGGUUAGCCAUUCUGCUGGUGGGCUGGGUGCUACGCCACGGCUACUUUGCCUCGCAACUGGGGACGCCGGAGUUCACCAAGGAUUCCUGGCUGGAUAUCCUGGAUGCCGUCAUCUUCAGCACAAAUUUGGAGCUUCCUUAUGUUCGAAAUCCCGCCUAUGGAUUUUCUUCUGAUGGCAGCCCCCAGAAACGUGACACGUGGCGAGUGCACGCGGUCUAUGCAACCUUUGCCAUUGCUUUCGCCUCCGCCAUCUGCUCUUCCAUCAUCUAUUCGGCCCUGGUGCCGGCCCCUGACGACUCUGCCGUGGCUGAAAAGGAGGUCUCUGACACCCUGGAGCUGGACGGAAACGAAGGGCAGAUGGUCAUGCUCUACCAGGAGCUUUCAGAUGACGAGCCCGGCCUGCUUUGUGCCGAUCACGGUCCGCGCACUGCGCGCACCGGCCGCGCGCUGCGGCAGGACUUGGAAGGAGGUACAUACUUGGUGAGAUUCACUGAUGGUGAGGAGCCAGAGACAGGCAUCUUUCCGUUGCAUCAGUUGAACCCCGACUUCUCAAAAGACGAAAGCGACACCAUGGACCAGCCCUGUUGCAGUGGCUGGCUGCACUUGGAGGAGCUUGAAACAGGAGGUGACCGGCUUUUGCUCUUUGAACGCAGGGCGCAGGUCCUUGAUGCCUUUCGGUCCUUGCUAUGCCUGCAGUUGCCCUUCUUGGUCUGGCGCUUGUACUUCAACUCCUUUCAGCUGGAUUUUGUUGCCUGGGGAGGCACCACCAUGCUUAUUGGCAAAAACGCUCUGUGGGGCCUCUUGGACAUCGUGAAGAUCCUCAGUUGUGGAAGGCCAGAUGCGGUGCUGUGCCGCUGCCGACCGGUGGAAUAUUUGCAGAAGGCCACCAACAGCAAGUUGGGGCAGGUCUGGGUGGGGCCCAGUGGUCUUGUCGCCUUUAUGGUGGAGAUUGCUGGCUCCCUGCGGGCCAAACGGCUCCAGCAUCGGGAGAUGAAAAUUCAGCAGCACAUUGAGUGGCUCAUCACAGAGAGCCAGAAGACCAAGAAUCAUCAGUUGUAUGCCACGAGGCUCCAAGAAGUUCAACGAGAACUCGUGGUAAUCCAGGAGAAGAAGCAGUUCACAUUUCCAUGA